AUGCCCGCCCUUUCUGCACCUCAUGCUGAAGGCUCCAAGGUCAAUUCGAAAACGUCUCGACAACGCAAGCAUGCCAAUGUCAGCUUCUCGAAGCAAGAAGAACCAGAUAAGAGUGCCCCUGCGCCUGCCUCAGCAGCCAACGAGGCAGUAGCGUCGGCGUCGGCGUCGGCGUCCACGGAGCAAACAAGAAAUGAGAGGUCGAAUCAGCGAGCGAGUGCGGGCUCGAAGAACCUUGAUGGCGCACUCGAAGAUCCCACCAAGCGUAAAUCUGCGGGCAGAGGGCGCACCGUAGAGGGACUGGGGGCGUUGCCAUGGACGGCGCUUGCGGAGAGCCAAGUGUCGAGCCACCCCGCCGUCUUCACUAGGGACAACGAGUGAGUGGACUCUCUCAUACAUGCGCCUGAUCAGAUCUCUGAAUUUAAUUUGCUUCACUUCAGCUACUACUUCGUGGCUACGGGCAACUCUGUCCGCAUUUUUGCGCGCUUGACAGGCGAGGUAGUCUCAACACUCUCGGUACAGACCUCUGGAACUGGAAGCUCGCAGCCACGGCGAAGAGCCGACUUGAUGCACACGGCUCGUAUCACAGCGAUAGCUUUGCACCCUACAAAUCCUCUGCAGCUCGUCAGCGCAUCUAUGGAUGGUACUUUGAAGGUCUGGGACUAUCUUGACGCCACGCUCUUGAGAUCCAUCGACCUCAAAUUUCCAAUCACACAUCUGGCCCUCAGUCGGCACCAUCCGGAGCACGCAUUCGUCAUUUUGAGGAAGCCCCGAGGGGAGGGAAAUGCGCAGGAGAAGGCCGAAGAUGCUUUCUUGAGCAAGGGUAAGUCCUCGGCAUAUUCUGCGAGCCCGAUGCAAGGUCGCCAACCGUUCCUUAAUAUCUCCUCCUCUAGGCCCUUUCAACUCCAUCACUACCUCUCUGCUGCUCAACAGUGCGACCGCCACAUCGCAUCCAGGUGCAUCCAAGCCGAGUAAUGUUCAUCGUCUAGGUAAAAGCCGAGAUGCUGCUGGAAUCUCCAUUUCUCCCGACGGCAGGUACUUGGUCUUGAUUGGCAAUUGCAAGAUUUCUAUCGCCAAAUUCGCUGCCUUGCAGGACGGCUUUACCAAAUUCAUCACCGACGAGAGCUUGACGUGUCUUGCGUUUCACCCAACAAACGGAACAUUCGCGACGGGCGAUCAGCGGGGACGGAUACGUAUCUGGCACAUGCUGAAUUUGCCGCCCGGGGAGCUGAAAGGGGCUGCAUUUGGAGAACGAAAAGCUCCCAAUACUCUUCUGCAUUGGCACUCUCAUGCAGUUGCAGGGCUUGCAUUCACCCCUAAUGGCGCUCAGCUUGUGUCGGGCGGCGAAGAGGCGGUGCUUGUCCUAUGGCAAUUGGCUACAGGUCAGAAGGAGUUCGUGCCCCGAAUUGGAGCGCCCAUCGCUUCUGUGGCACUGGCGGGUGGUCUGGAGGGCAGGGGUCUAGAGUAUGCAGUAAGACUAGCGGAUGGAAGCAUGACGUUUGUCAGCUCUGUAAAUCUCAAGCCUCAGAGGACCUUUACAAGGGUCAAGGUUGGUGAGUCCAUCCUGCGCAUAAACUCCAGAGAGACCAUUUACUCAUGUACAGCGAGCCUCGCCAUUCAGACGCGUCACGGAAGCUCCUUCAACCUACCCAAUUGAUCACCCUCCCUGUGCCGCUGGCAACGCAGCCAGGUACAGGGACGCUGAUUAUGCCUGCAGGUCAUCCCUCAAGUCUCCAAUUUUAUGACCCAAUUAACGACCGACAUCUAGCAGAAAUUGAGAUCACCCCAUCCAACAGGGUAUCGAGGCCUGACGACGCGCCUCUGGAACCUACCAGAGUGCUCAAGGUGGCUUUCUCGCACGGCGCACACAGCGAUCGCACGCCGGCGGACUGGAUGGCGACUUACGAAGCGCGUCUCGUUGACGAGUUAGAGACGGAACGAUGUUUGAAGGUCUGGAAGUGGGAUCAUCCGACAGGCCGAUAUGAUUUGAAUACGCGCAUAGCAGACCCUCACGCCGCCGGUCUUACUGCCCUCAGCUUCUCGCCAGCCUCGCCUCGUCGUGCAAAAGGUACGAAGCCGGAACCGAUUCUUUGUACCGCGGCAAAAGAUGGCCAGAUGAAGACUUGGCGGCCGACCGCUCGAAAAGCAAAGGGGGGUGCCGCAUACACCUCAUGGUCUGCCCGUUCCGUCUUUGGGUAUCGGGGCUGCGUCGCCCACAAUGUCGCAUGGACAAAUGACGGAUCGUUAUUGGCUGCAGCUCAAGGAGCAUUCGUGACGGUGUGGGAUGUGCAAACGAAUAUCCUGCAGACCGCUCUUCCUUGUGAGGAUGCGCAGCCAGCAAGCGACACCCUCUUCGCCGGGCUGGGUGAUAGGUUCUUGGUCGCAACUAGCCGUCGAUCCAUCAUGGUCUGGGAUCUCAUCACAGGUCGGACAGCUUGGCAGCUGAGCGUUGCGCAUCGCAUCGACCAGCUUUUUGCACCUGUCCAGAGUGGUCAAGCCUUUGCGAUCAUACUCAACAUGCACUCACAAGCACAACAAAGGCAUAUCUCUGUCGUGCAGACCUUCGAACCCACGUCUUCUCGUGCCCUAUCGGCCUUUGAAUUACCUUUUGGCAUUCGCACGCUGGCACCGGUUUGGUCUCACCACACGCCAUCUGGCGCAGAUACCGAUGCUCGGCAGGACAAGUUCGGGCCGGUCUUCUACGCCAUCACAUCUGAUCUGCAGGUCGUCGCAGUUGGGGGCACGGCACUUACGACACAGAACUCUGAACAAACGACCCGGCCGCUGCACAGCAUCUCUGUCGCACGUCGGACGCUCUUCGAUGAUCUCUUUGGGUCGAGCGUCUCGCAGCUCCACUCGAUCGACGCUCCUCCUUCGGCCCUCUCCGCAAGCAAAGACGUGUUUGCUCUCUUUGACGCGCCGGCUCACCUUCUCCCGCCGUUGAGCUCCAUACUCGAACCUUUUACCUCUGCGCUGAUACCGGCGCAUGAGGUUGCGAGCGGCAAGGUUGGAGCGGUCGAAAGAGAGCAACACGGGUCUACGGCUGCAAAGACCGAGGUAGAGGAAGCGCCUGCCGCAGAUGGGUCCAGAAUGAGGCAAGAGCCCACUCAGCAGGACAUUGACGAGCUUGUUCAACUCUUCAGGGAACACGUUUCGGCGACGACAGAUUCUUCACCCGCCUUUGAGACGGAGCACAAGUCGAAUGGCCACGCGACCCAGUCUACGCGGGGCGAAAGCGACCUCGCUGAACUGGCCGCCGGCCGAGAAGCAGCUUUGAGUGGAAAAUUGGCCACAAAGGCAGUCAAGCACGCUUCGAAGGCUGAGUCAGCUUCGUUCCGCUCGCAAGCAACACUCGAUGUCAACGGGUCAUCAAUAUCGACGGAGCCAUCUACACCAUCAGUGAAAGUCUCCAAAAAGCGGAAGAAAAGUGCCGGAGGGCUUUAG